UUAAAUUUUUGUUGCAGACUUUAAAAUGGGUGGCGGGCAAGAUAAGCUAUGAAAAAUGAAAAUACUUAGUUUUCUGCUUUGUGUCCAGGGGCUUCCAGCAGACAUCAAGGGGGGUCCAGGGGCACCAACAGAUCCUUCUUUAGGGGCACCAACUGAUUGGGACUCUGAUUAUGAGACCAGUACUUCAUUUUUCCACCCUGAAACCACCUCCUUUAGACAAUCGGAUGCAUUUGAGUUGCCCUUGGCUGUCAACGUUUUAAAAAAUGAUCAACAGGUUGAAACGACUGAAGAUCUGCCGCCCCCGACUCUAAAAAAUAAUAUUAGUUACCUGACAAUACCUGAAUCUCAAGACUCAAUCAAACAAACGUUUGAUCUGCCAAAAACUAACAAUGAUCUCUUUGAAAAUCCGGGAAAUUCCGAGAAAAACCCGCCAAACUUUGAGUUGGGGUCGCCACAUGUGUUUAGCCGGCGCCUUGGUAUAUCUGAAAGCCUGUCUCAAGUGAAUACAGUACCUGAUCUAACCUUUACUGAGGUUGUGAGAUCUCCGUGUAGAAUAUUGACGAAACUAAAUCCUAAAUGGGAGAAAAUUAUUAAUUGUGACUCAUUCAGAUACAGUGAUUGUAAAAAAGACGAUAAAUCAGAAAGAUUAAGAUUUAACACAACAGCAUCGUGUCCUUACCCUCUUAUACCAACACAGGAUUCUAACUCCUAUUUUGGAGAGAUCGACGAGUGUGCGCUUUCUUGUCAGAGCCCAAUCCUCACCCAGGAGCAGUACACCAGAAUUAGGACGUUCAUCGGCAUUGCGGGGACAAUUUGCUUAGUGAGUACACUGUUUGCCAUCUCAACAUUUCUAAUUGAUUGGGUUGGAGCCAACAAGUAUCCUGCUGUAGCAAUAUUUUAUAUUAAUAUUUGCUGUUUCCUCACUACACUAGGCUGGCUGGCGCAGUUAGGUGCUAAAGACGACAUUGUGUGCCGAAAAGACGGAGUACUGAGACUAGCGGAGCCUGGGUCAGGGGAGAAUUUAUCCUGUGUAGUUGUCUUCAUUCUAGUAUAUUAUUUCUCCCUGGCGGGUGGUGUAUGGUUAAUAAUCCUAACCUACACCUGGGCCGUUUUCUUCACAUGCAACUCAAAGGUAAAGGAUCUGAUCGAACCUAAAACUGCGUACUUCCACAUGGCGGCCUGGUCUUUCCCUGCUGUUCUUACAAUUAUUAUCAUGGCCAUGAAUCAAGUAGAGGCCAGCAGUAUAUACGGUAUAUGUUAUAUUGGAUAUGAAACAAUCUCGACUCGAAUUAUUUUCCUCAUUCUUCCGUACUCAAUAUUUCUUCUCAUCAGUGGUUACUACAGUGUACGAUGUUUAAUAUUUCUGUGUGGAGUUUAUCUAACCCCAGAUUUCCUGUCGGAGAGGGAGAGUGCUAAAGUGCAAUCAACAUUAUUUAGAAUUGGGUCGUUUUCUGUGUUGACCGGAGUAUGUAUUCUUGCCUCCUUCUUGUGUCAGAUUUAUGAAUUCUUAAACAAGGAUAUUUGGAAUUCAAGUCUUCAGGACCUAGUCCUCUGCAACAUCAAGAACCAGGAGAAAUCUCUGCUCCCUGGUCCCCCUGCAGUGGAUAAGGAGUGUAAGAUGGCGGAUUCACCAAACCAAACCAUCCUCGAGGUUCAACUCCUCUGCAUGUUCGGGGCCGGCAUUCUCUCCAGCAGCUGGGUUUAUACCAAGGAAUCUUUAAACAGCUGGCGUAUAUUCUUCCAUCAGCUAUGUACCCGGCAGAAAUCUCAACGACCGCUGAGACUCAAGAAACAUGAAAUGAUUGCUCAAGCAUUUAGCAAACGACGGGAACUUCAAGACCAUGGUAGGCUCUCCCUGACCCUACAAUCUGCACAUGUUGACCCAUUAGGUAUGAACCUGGAGCUAGGUGAGGAGAGUAGUGGAGAGAUAAGUUCUAACUGGGCUGCUGCUCUACCCUAUCUAGUUCAACGCCGAGGAGGUAGAUGUGGCGCCGAGCAGCUGGGAUUAGGACGCAGGAACUCACAAGAAUCUUUGAACAGUAAUUUCAGUCAAUCUGUUAGUAUUGCGGCCAGUGUGCAGAGUUCCAGAUUUGGUUGGUGGGAUAGAAAACAGUCAGGGGAUACUCAGAGUAUACAGAGAUCAGAUCUAGACAGGUUGCAAUCCAUUUACGACGACUCAGUGCGGAAAACCAAAAGGAAGAGUAAACGAGAUUUCUUUAAAUCUCAUGCAAUGAAAGUCCGGCCUUGGAGUAGACUUAGCAGGCGUGGUAGUACAGGGAGUAGGCGGGAUAGCAGUUACACCAGAAAUUCUGAAUCAUCAAUGAACUCACAGAUAUUACCGGCCAUAACGCUGGACCCUGCCAAGCUAGUUGGUAAGCACCGUAGGUCCGAAUACAGUUUACCCGAACCCGGUAAAAGUACGGACUUUGGUAAACGGCCAGCCGUAGGUCCAGACCCAGGAGAUCCCGUUUAUAGAGAACUGGAGGAGAAACUCUUCAAGCUGGCUCAUAACAGUCGAGACAGUUCUCUUAUGGGUAAAUCAGCUGGUGGAGAUGGUAAUCUAGCUACUGGAGAUGGUAUAGAAUCUGCCACCAUCUCCAGAUCUAUCCAAACCUCCCUCACGGACCUCUCAAAGAUCGGACAACGCGUGUACACGACCUCGACCGGAACCCAGAUGACCCCUGAGACCCGGCGCAUUAAACCGGUUUCCACCGCAACAACAACAGAAACAAGUACUGAUCUGAGCAGUACUCCUCUCCACCAUAUUGAGGCUAAUAUUGUGAACGUUAAGGUGGUGGCACCAAGCUCCGAGGAUUCUAGUAUACCAAGCAGUUAUGAAAAGGAUUUUAAGAUGAAGAAGUUUAGUUCAAGAGGGAAGGAAAAUAUAGAAAUAAUUCCAUCUCCUCCAAUUCAAGAUGUUGAGACUGAUUUAAACCUUGAUGAUAUUCCUGCAUUGAAACAGGUUUCUGGUCCUCUUAUCCGUCCCAGGGAACACUACAGGUUCUCGUAUCCGUCCCAGGGAACAUUACAGGGGGCGUCGAGGUGCAAUAGUUGAGAAGCUGUCCCCUAAAGGAGGAAUUGAAGAGGGAGAUACGACGUCAUCCUAGGGGGUCGUUGACUACUCCCCCUCCCCCUCACGUCAUCCUAAGGGGUCGUGGCCUACUGCCCCCCCCCCUCCCUCCCACUUCAUAUUUCUCAAAUCUACUGUUUACAUAAUACUCAAAAACCCUUAAAAGUAAAUUUGUCAGGAUCAGCUGAAAACCGACCAAGGGGUCAAAAAAAUGUUUAUCAAUCAACAAAAAAGUAUUAAUUGUCUUGGUAAAAAUAAUAUUGAGGAAAAAAUUGAAUAUAUAACGUACCUUCAUUUUAGAGUA